AUGGCUUUCUACAGAAUCAACACCUCACAAGGACCGUAUGACACAAUAGAGCUUAAUGCAUUAGACACAUACGGUAGUUCCACGCCGAAUCAUGCAUCGAAUCCCGCACAAGAUGAAUACACCCCUGCCUUAGAAGCCUUCAGUAAACGAUAUGCUCCUCUCCAUGGAUACAUAAGUGUCUUUGUUUGCGUGUUUGGAAUAAUUGCUAACGUUGCAAAUAUAGUAGUACUUACGCGAAAAAAUAUGAUAACAACGACUAACAUUGUCCUCACCUGGCUAGCGGUAACUGAUUCCAUGAAAAUGUUGGAUUAUCUGCCCUUUGUGACCUACUUCUAUAUUUUAAAGGAAGACGAUCUGGAAUAUUUCUCUUCGCGAAGCUACAGUUGGAUGUGUUUUCUGUUGUACCAUGCGAGUUUCAGUAUUGUUUGUCACACAGUGGCGAUAUGGUGUACUAUUGUGCUGGCAAUUAUGAGAUUCCUCAUUAUCUGGUUCCCAGCAAAGGGUUCAAUGUGGUGCAGUCAUCGUCGCGCCAAGAUAUCUAUCGCAGUCGUAUAUGUAUCCGUUGUCAUCCUAUGUAUUCCAAAUUAUAUGAUGAAUACGAUGACUACCCAUUACAAAAACGUUACGGACGCACACGGUAACGUGUAUACGGACGUUACAUACCACUCAAGUGUACGAAAGGAAGGGGUGUUUCAUGUGGUUAGUGAUAUAAAUUUUUAUAUCCAGGCUAUUCUGGUCAAACUUGUUCCCUGUGUCACGCUAACCAUAUUCACAGUGUUACUCAUUUACGCCAUGCACAAGGCUUACAAAAAGCGAAUGGCUCUGAAAAAUCAAGGAAAGAAGGAGGACGCUGAUCGUCACCAUGAACAUAACCGAACCACGGGAAUGCUACUUGCUGUCGUUGUGUUGUUCCUCAUCACCGAACUGCCACAAGGCAUGCUCACUCUUCUCAUCAUCUUCAUUCCAUCAAUACAAACCAGUGUUUACAAUCCACUGGGAGAUGUUCUCGAUAUAGUUGCUCUUUGUAACAAUGCUAUAAACUUUGUACUGUACUGUAGUAUGAGCACACUAUUUCGAGACACAUUUGUCCGAAUAUUUUGUAAUUGUUGUCCGAAAAAUCGUCCUGGUUGGUCAAAAACUAAACUUAUCACAAAUGGCAAUGGUAGAAAAUAUAAUUCGACAAACGAUGGCACGGUCGCUACAGAUGUAUAG